CAUUGGCUGUCAUAAUUUAUUCAAAGAGCCCGUUUGCAGCACUAUAAAACGGCAGACUUGCAAAGUGUCACAAAACAAGACUUCUUUUACCUGUGAGUUUUGCUAGGAGCGCAUUUCGUGUUUGGUUUAGCGCGAACAUAUUCUUCCAAGGUCCCAGAAAUGUGAAAUGUUUGCUAUGACGUCAUGAACCUCAGUGGCGGCCAACCUGAAAUUAGUCUACGAUUGCGUGAUGCACUCUUUUAUAAAAGACAGUAACAUAUGACAUGGGAGAUGUACAGAUGUUUUAGGACAUUGGUUAGUUGAUGUGACAGAGGAUGGAAGAUUUGUGUCAAAACCUGAGCAGCAUUGAUCGUGCUGAAGACAGCGGCGUGUUCAUGUCUGGGUCGACCACUGACACGCUGAGCAGUCUCAGCAGCCCGCCGGAGUGUGAAUCAUAUGACAGCCGGGAGAGAUUAGCAACCAACCCCUUAAAGACUGUCACUGCAGAAAUGUCACUGAUAGAUCACGACAAGAUGAAGCUGGAUGCAAAUCUCGGUCAUAAUGGAGGAGGACACCUGAAUAUUAUAUCAGAAAUGGAAGAGGACAAUUCCCACGGCGAGGAAAAAAAUGAUGGAGGCAAAUUAUAUUCUGUGAUUUACAUGGGUUAUGCUGAGCUGGACAGAAGAUACACACAAACUGUCAUGCCUUGGGUAAUGGCAGAGGUGAAGAGAAGAAAACAAUUUCAAGAAGUUAAUCUCGAAGUGACUAAAACCACUCUACGUGGAAUCACAAAAAACACAACACAACCUGAAAUUGUGUUUGACCACAGACUUCACAGCCUUUCCCGAUUUGCCCGGAUGUUUAGUGAUCGUAGCUGCUUUGGUUACUUGACUCGGCAACAGUUGCACAAUAAUUUUCAGUGCCAUGUUUUUAUUGCUGAAGAAGAAGAUAUGGUGCCCGACCUUUUCCAGGCUAUCCGUGAUGCCACGCAGGAGGCGAGCAGUAAGAGGCCAGGGAUUGGUACGCUCUGGGAUGAUAUGGCGGAGGACCAAUGUACUGCCAAGGCCUUCUAUGAGGUGCUCUAUAUAGGACGUGUCAUUGUCCAUGGUGAAAAAAUAACGUCGCAUUACGUUGAUGACCUAGCCGAAAAGUUUGAAUCCAAAGAACCUGACUUACAGAACAAUACAGUGGUUGAAGAAGCAGAGAAACGUAAUCGGCAUGCCAGUGGUGCAAGCGUUAAAAGUCUGCCUGCGAACUUAGAAGGCAGUGUGACAGUGACAGAAAAUGACUUGGGCAGACAACACGAGAAGCUUGGUUAUGGGGACGGGAGUGUGGACAGCAGUGCAGAUGACAUACUGGGCAGUGGUCAGAUUGGAGGGAGUUCCACAGAGAUUUUGGACGGUUCAGGCAGUGUUCACAGCAAUGAUGCCUCUGCGUCCUGCCCGAGUCAGGAUAGCAUAGACGGGCCGUCCUCCACCCCACGCCUCUCUCAGCCCUGUACGGAUGUCAGCAACCUCCCCACGCAAGGAAAUGGAACUCACGUCCAGUUGCCAGUGUACAGCAAGGCAGACAGGAACAGGACGAUGCUAUUCAGGCUGGGUCAAAACGAGAUCACGCUGAUCAGCCCUGACCUGAAGUCAUCCAUGCUGGAGCGCAAGUUCAAGGACAUCCCAUCAGUCUCUCAGGGCAGUAAGAAGAAGGAUGUGUUUGGGUUUAUCACCAGGGAGGCUCACCAUGUGUUUGUCUGCCACCUCCUCAAGUGCCAUUCCAAAGAUCUGGUGGACGAUGUAAUGACUGCCCUCCGUGUGGCCUUUACUUCAGCCUAUGAACACAACAAGCUACAAAUCUGUACCAUGUGCCCCUUACAUCAGCUCCACAAACUGUGCCUGGAGAUAGAAGGACUCUCUCCACAAAAUGCCUAUGAGCUGGUCAUAAAGAGAAUACAACAGUUACCAGAGAAAGACACAACAGAAAUCAUGGCCAAAUACAAGUUAGAAAACCCUCAGACAUUCAGUGAUAUGGUCGAAGUUCUCAUGAUCCAGCUGAGGAAGUUGUGUGAGCUGAAACAGAAGGAGCACACCCAUAUUUCGGACAGUAACCGCUACCCGUGGAGACAUGAGUUCAACAUUAUGGAUAUAAAGUUGUCCAGCAAGUCUAAGUUUGACAGUUUCAGAAACAAGGCUAAAAAGAGUUUAACAAGCUCCUUUGAAAACCUUCUCAGUCGGGGAAGCUUGAUGAACCCAAAGUUUAAGAAAGAGAAGAUAAAAUCCAAGAAAGGCAGAAAAAACUCGCGCGAUGAGUCAAAGGAAACAUUCCGUAAUCGAAGUUCUACCCUGGACAGUGAGGGGAGUGUUGGCCUUUCACGGGACUCCUCCAACCACAGCACCCCAGAGGAGUCCCCGAUCCCCUCCCCAGUCAACAAGGACGCUAAGGAGCAGUUCGGUUUUCCCAGCCCUACUCACUCCCCCAAGCCAGUUCAGAGGGCACGGAGCUCCACCGUUGGUUCUCUCCCUAAGACAGGUAGAACUCUGAGGAAGCACUCACUCCCAGCUGAGAAGUUACCACUGGAGAGCAGGGGAGAUGACACCAGGCGAGCUAGCACCUCCAGCAGUACAAGUCCCAUGAGGCAUAUGUUUAUGAUAGCUGGCAGUGGAGGGUGUAAAUCAGCAUCAGUCAGGAACCAGUCAUCAGGCGAUGAUGUAUCCACAGUACAUCUUACACCAGGAGGCAGGAGGGGAUCCUGGAGACAGGCCAUAUUUAACAGAGUUGUCUCCCCUGUUCAUGCCCCAGACACUCUGUCAUUAGACAUAGAUGUGGAUCCAGAGAACCCAUCAGAACCUCGCAAACUCUCCCCACAAACCAUCCGCUGUAUGUGGAAAAAAGCCAUUUUAGAAACACUACUGCUGAUUCGCAUGGAAAAGGAAAACCAGAAUUUGAGAGCUCGUCAGGAUGAGAUGCAGAUUAAGCGGUUGAAGUUAGACUACACAGAGAUCACACCGGGGAAUCUAGCGGAGGUGCUGAGGGUAUGGGACGAGAUCCUCAACUGUCCUGACCCGUCCUCCCGACCCUCCGAGGCCACCGUCCUGCUGAACUCUGUCAAGAUUGGGGUGCCUCGCACAAAGCGCGGGGAGGUGUGGCAGUACUUGGUGGAGCAGCAUCAGCAUAACAACCCCUCACUGGCUGCCCUGAACCCUACUCGUAACCAGGGUGUGGGCUAUGAGGACCUGCUCAAACAGCUGACCACACACCAGCACGCCAUCCUCAUAGACCUGGGUCGCACCUUCCCUGGCCACCCUUACUUCUCCCCUCAGCUAGGCCCGGGACAGCUCGCUCUGUUCAACCUCCUCAAGGCCUACAGUUUGCUGGACAAGGAGGUUGGCUACUGUCAAGGCCUUAGCUUUGUGGCUGGUGUCCUCCUCAUGCAUAUGGAGGAGACUGUGGCUUUUGAGACGAUGAAGUACUUAAUGUUUGAACUGGGCUUGAGGAAGCAGUAUAGACCUGAUAUGAUGGCUCUCCAGAUAAAGCUAUACCAGCUGACCCGAUUAAUCCAUGACAAUGAGAAGGACCUGUACGACCAUUUUGAGGCUAAUGAGAUCGUGCCAACGCUCUACGCAGCUCCCUGGUUCCUCACGCUGUUUGCCUCACAGUUCCCCCUGGGAUUUGUGGCCAGAGUCUUUGAUCUGAUUUUUAUCCAGGGUAUUGAUGUGAUAUUUAAAGUGGCCAUGGUUCUGCUGGGGAACCACAAAGAACUCAUCAAACAGUGUGAUUCAUUUGAGACAAUUGUAGAGUUUCUCAAGACGACUCUGCCAGAGAUGGGUAUCAUUCAGAUGGAGCGGGUCAUCAAUCAGGUAUUUGACCUGGACAUAUCCAAACAGCUGCAGGCCUAUGAGGUGGAGUAUCAUGUUCUUCAAGAAGAGAUGCUGUCAUCUCCACAGAAAGGUGAGAAUGACAUGAUUCACAAGCUGGAACAGGCUAACCGUAACCUGAAGCGACAAAACAUGGAGUUACUGGAGAAGCUCCAGCACGCUAACAGUCAGAACCACAGCCUGGAGAUUGUCGUCCAUAACUGUCAGACCAACGAAGCCAAGUUUAAGUCCCACAUCCGCACGCUGGAGAUAGAGCGGGCAGCCCUUCUCAACGCUGUCACUAAGCUACGCCAUCUCAUUCCAGAGGACGUCAUAGCUCAGGCCAACCUUAUGUUGCCCCCAAUAUCUGACACUUGGCCCACCUCCCCUGUCCAUAACUCACCCUCUAGCCACACCCACAGCAAGUCAGCCAGUCACAGAUCACCUGUGGCUGCGCGGUCACCGAGAAAAGACUCAUCAAGGAGUUCGCCACAUAGUAGUCCAAGGUCAUCUCACCAGUCAGUUAAAUAAAACCCGCCCCAUAAUUGUGAUAGAUUUGAUGUCUAACGAAUGUACAUUAUUGCUACUCCAGUCUAGCUGGCCACACAAAGCACUGCUCAGUACAUGUAGGUUUAUGGUGCUAGGUAGGCUGUAGAAUUUUAUGUCUGUUUUAUACAGUAUUAUUGUAUGGAUAACCCAAGCCCUACAGUUCCGGUGUGAAAUACCUACAUGAAGCAUGGUUAUUUUGUCUUGGUCUUGGACUUGUGAGUACUGGCUGUUUCAAUAGCAGAUAUUCCUUCACACAAUUUGUCCUUUCCAUGUACAUUAAUAUAGUAGGUGCCCUCAGUGCUUCCAUGCUAAUAGCUGUCAUUACAAGUGGAUGGUCCAUUUUCAUUACCCAGUUAAUGGGCUAUUAAACUUACAGCACAAGACAAGGUUUAUUUCCAGAUAGUGAUACUGCCUACUUUCCGUGAUACUGAGAAUAGGCUGUAGGCAUUUCCCCCUAGUUUUGAGGGAUAUGACGGCAACAUUUCAGACCAGGUGUUCCUAGAUACUUCUUAAGACACAACUCAUUGAAUACUCAUUUAGACUUCUGUUUACAUUAUCUUAUUUAUGCUGGUAUUCAUGAAACAGAUAUGAUUAUCGUUUAAUGAUGACAAGGUGGAGUUUUGAUAGUUGGACUUUAACAUCUUUCACUCGUUGUCAGUGAUUUGGUCAGGUUAAUCUUCAUUAUUGCAUUUGAGUUAUAUGGUGCAGACAAUUUGGCAAGACAACACCGGAUGGGCUAUGGCCGGUUUCCUCCCUCCACAAUGCUGGAGGCUGUCAUAUAAGUGAAAUACUCUUGAGUAUGGCGUAAAACAUGCACCAAUCAAACAAAUAACUACACAGAAGAUUAUAUGUGUCUUUUAUUGUUUCACAGCUUCAGCUUCCAUAAAAGAUAAGUAUGAAGAUCUCAGAAUCAGAGAGGUUAUUUUUUUGAACUUGGGAAACAGUGACCAGGUUUCUGUUUCACAAAGUGAACAUGUUACAUUUGCAGUUUUGACUGUGAUGGCAGCCAGAACUGAGAACAUCAGGUCAUUGUGGUUAUUGUGUGCAGUGCUACAUGGGGUUAAACUGUGUGAACAGACCUCCAUGGCAGCCAGAACUGAGAACAUCAGGUCAUUGUGGUUAUUGUGUGCAGUGCUACAUGGGGUUAAACUGUAUGAAUGGACUUCCAUGGCAGCCAGAACUGAGAACAUCAGGUCAUUGUGGUUAUUGUGUGCAGUGCUACAGGGGGUUAAACUGUGUGAAUGGACCUCCAUGGAAGCCAGAGCUGAGAAUAUCAGUUCCUGUGGUGGUUGUAUGCAAUGCUACAUGUACAUAAGAGCUAAGCCGUGUGAACAGAUAGCCAUUGAAGCCAGAACUGAGAAUAUCAGGUCAUUGUGGUUAUUGUGUGCAGUGCUACAUGGGGUUAAGCUGUGUGUACUGAUAACAACCUGGUACUUGUCACAUUUAGCCUCAGAGUUUUUAGCUAAGAAGUUAACUUUAAUGCAUCCACUUUCCAUACACAUUUUUGGCCAUAAUUAGAAGGUAAUGUUGAUAUCAUAUAAUCUUGAGUUAACAAGCUUGAUACCUUUACUCAAAGAUUCCAGCACAUAAUGAUCAACAUAUUAGAUUUCAUUUCGUUAUUUCAUCAGAUAUUGUACCAGUACUGAGAGUUUUUGCUCUCUUUGAUAUUCCCACACAGAAUACACUAUCCAUAUAUAUAUAUAUAUACAAUGUACCUCAUUUUUCUCUAGUCAAACAGUAACCAUAGUUUAACUGCAAAAGCCAUUUAUAUCCAAAUAAUAGGCCAAACAUCCUAGAAAUGUAGUUCAGCAAAACUGCUGUCUUAACUUUUAAAUUCUGUGAAUCCUGUAAAUUAGCUAUAAUUAUUUUUUCAUAAGUACUAGAUUGACCUCUGGGCAUUUACUCUCCAUGUUACAUUGUUUGCUUAAUUUGGGGCUGACAGUACUGCAUUACCACCAUUGCGUUAAAGAUGAUUGCCUGUCUACAGGGAUGUGCAUUGACAAUAGGCCUGCUCUGAACAUGGAGGUAUAUAUAUAUAUAUCUAUAUAUACCUCCAUGCUCUGAAUUACCUCACUUGUACCACGAUAACAACCGUGAAAGAUUAGUUUUUGAGGUGUAAAACUACGAGAAGUGGGAAAGCAUGCAGUAUGUAGGUGAUGUCAUGAAGGUAACAGAUAUUUUUUAGGCAAUAGAAUGUAAAUGCACGUGAUAUCAGACUUUGAGAGUCAUAGAAAUGUCAAGAUAUCGUAAGUGCAGUCCAUAUUUUUCAACUUAAGUAUAUAUAUUUCACAAAAUCGCCGAAGGUGUCAAUUGUAUUUUAACCAGAAUUUUUAGGUUUUCAAAAUUAAAACCUCUCUUACAGCUAGGUCUUCAACUAUCAUAUGUCACUUUAACUCAGAAACUUGCCAAAAACAAUUUUCUGGGAGGUCCGUACACAACACACUUUACUCCUGUAAACACACCCUUAAGCAGGAGAGUGACCUCAAGGGAGGUAAUUCGGUGAUGACAAAUUGGAGAUUUAGUGUGUGGAUAGUGAGAUGGAGUGUGUCACACCCCCUAACCAUAACUCUACUAGGAAGUAAGCCUUUGUGAGAUCUCCCAAUUUGAUGUUGAUUCAGUGUUGAUUCAUCCAGAAAUUAAUUUACAAAAACGUAUUAGGUUUAUUGACAGAAUUGUGGAUAUGGUACAGGGAGAUAUUUCAGAGGUCCGUUUCAGAGAACUGGACUAGACUGGACUGUUCAUUCGUUGGUCUAAAUAUCUGUCCAGCAUAAGUUCAGACUCAGUUCAGUCGACUUGAUAAGUUAUUUCACAGUGCUGUGUAGGACAUGUUUGGCACAGUUAUGUAUUAGUAUUGUUAUGACCAGGAAAUUGUAGAUUUGUCAGUGUUGUUAACAUAUUGACUUUUUUGCGAGUUUAAAUAUUGUAAAAAUAGGUCAUCUGUCAUUCUUGUCAUCACACACAUUACGCUUAAGAUAUUCUUUGUGGGUUACCUAAAAUAAAACGUGAUAUUUAGAAUUACAUGUGCUGGACCAGCGCUGCCAUUUCAGGCAGAUAGUUAGGAUGGGUAAAAAUAAACCAUUCUCUCAUUAUUUGUUUUAAUCAACAUUUUCAUGUCUGGACUUUGCUUACGACAUGCAGUGGUAGGAGUAUCUACACCAGUAAGAGUUUGAGGAAUAGCCAUCGUCCCAUAACACCUCUUCUCAUCAUCAUUCUUGCAACGAAGUUUUGUACACAGAGGUUUUCUGUUGUAAUCUAUGAAUGUUUUUCAGUAUUUUUAUUUGAGCUAUUGUAUUUAUAGUGAAUGGUUCACGGAAAUGUGGUGUGUGUAGCUAUGCAAAUGUGGGCAAUAGGCUUGCCAUAUAGAUUUCGGUCACACGGAUCACAUUUAAAUGCAUUCUUUUUAUUUUUAAUUUUUGUAGUCAUGGAUUAAAGAAUUUUAAGGAACAAUGCUUGGUUAUGUAUGGCAUUUACAUGUGUGCUGAUUAUUAUUUUUUUGUAUUUGUUUGAUCUCAUUUUCUUCUUUUACAAGUGACAUUAAGCCAUUUUAAACCAGCCUCUCCUAGAUGAAUGUAGGACAUCCCC